GUGAGUGGUAACUGUGGGAAUAAAGUUCUGGCCGACUCUUGAGUGACGUUGGGCAACCUUAGACGGAAAUUGCAACUCCUGAUUGGCUGACAGCGUACGAAAUGCGGGGCACGGGGUGGUGUUUUUGGCGGGUACGACCUCUUGAUCGCAUCCGUGACUCAGUUCAGAAUCUGGCAAAUGAUUCCUGCACUGAGCACUUUGAGAAUUAGCAUUGUGCCAACCCAACAAAAAAAAAGUGAAUAGGGACAACCAUCAGCCUCCCAGAAUAUCGAUACCGGUUUUACAUCUCAAAGCGGAAACUCGGCUGUUCAUUUUCGGUCACUCGAGUGCUCACCUAUCCGUCAACUCGCGACGCGAAUUUUGGGACGCACUCCGCCUUCACCCAAUCGGAUCCCAUCUGAUCUUUAACAACAUUUGCGACAACUCAUACAACAAAUGGCUACCGAAACUACUGGGGCUCCCGCCGGGGCUCCCGCACCACAGGAGAAGGGGAAGCAACAAUCCAAGCCUGCUCCCUCCAAUACACCCACUACCGGAGGAGACGCCGCCGGCGAACAGAAGCUCACUCCCGCUCAGCUAAAAGCCAAGGCCAAGGCCGAGAAGGCAGCACGACGGGCAAAGGCGAAGGAGGUAAAGGAAGUCGCACCAGCGGCCGCAACAGCAGAUGCGAAGGGAGGAAAGGGCGGCAAGGGUGGAAAGCAGGAGGGUAGUCAAUCCGCGGGUUCUCAGCAACAGGGCAAAUCUGUUCCCGGUCGCAGGCCAUCCGUGAGCAAUGGAAGGCGGCCUUCGAUCGCCAUCAUUAAGGAGGAUCCGAGGAGUAGCAUUCCCGAGUGCUUUAGCCAUGUUCCCAUGGCCAAGCGGAUACAGACGUCGCAGGCGCACAAGGACGUGCACCCUGCCGUGUUGGCGGUCGGCCAGCAGAUGGCUACUUUUGCUCUUAAGGAUAGCAUUGCCAGGCUGGAGGCGACUCUGUUGGCGUUCAAGAAGGUUAUCGAGUCGUACGAAACACCAAAGGGCAACUCACUUUCACGUCACUUUGUCCCGCAUGUCCUGAACCCCCAGAUCGAGUACUUGACCGAGUGCCGUCCCAUGUCCUUCUCCAUGGGUAACGCCAUCCGCUUCCUCAAGUCUCAAGUCAACAAGUUCGACAUCGACACGCCCGAGGACGAAGCGAAGGAGUCCCUCCUCGAGUUUAUCGACAUCUUUAUCAACGAGCGCAUCACCCUGGCUGAGGUGGUCAUUUCCAAAAACGCCGCCGAGCUGAUCGACGAGGACGGCGUCGUCCUCACGUACGGCCGCCACCGGCUGGUAGAGAAGACCAUUUUGCGGGCAAAGGCCAACGGGAAAAAGUUCGCCGUCUCCGUCAUCGACGACCCGUACGACCAGGGCGGCAAGGAGCUCGCCAAGACGCUACAGCGGGCCGGCAUCCGCGUCUUCUACUCGCCCAACCUCGGCGGCCUACGGGCGCAUCUCGAGCGGGCGAGCAACGUGCUGCUCGGCACCGAGGCCAUCUUCGCUAACGGCUCUCUGCUCGCUCCCGCGGGAACGGCUGACGUUGCCAUGGCCGCUUCGGCCGCUAACGUCAAGGUGGUGGCCCUUUGCGAGACCAUCAACUUUGACCGCGAGCGUGUGUCGGUGGACUCGCUCACCUACAAUGAGAUUGACCCCGAGCGUUGCUCGGCUGAGUCGUUCCGGCUGAUGUUCGAUAACACGCACAGCAAGUACAUUGCGGGUGUUAUUACCGAGUUUGAGAGCGGUACGGAUUUUGCUCCGGCACAGGCUAUUUUGACGCUGUUGAGGAAGCGGGAGGAUCCCACCAUUGCUUAAACGGCAAAGCAUAGGUGAGGGUGACGGUGAGUUGAAGGAAGAAGGUAGAAAACUGCAUGGGUUCAAAUGCUGGUGGUGGCGCGCCAGCUAGGUUAGAGCUAGAUAGAGAUACCUGGAUCUUAAAGGGGGCUUUCGACAAGACUGCAUAGUUUGCGGUGAAGCGGAUCUGAAGCAGAAAAUGCGAGGGAACAAAAGGAAGGUAAAGGGAAUGGCAAAACGGGAAGGGAAAUCAGAGC